AUGGCUGAGCUAAAUUUGGGGAAGGGGUUGACUGCGGGAAAAGUGGCCAGCAACGUUCAGAAGAAGCUAACCAGAGCUCAAGAGAAGGUUUUACAGAAACUUGGAAAAGCAGAUGAAACCAAAGAUGUUGCUUUUGAAGAGGGAGUCAUAAACUUCAACAAGCAAUAUGCUGAAGGGAGCAAACUCCAGCGGGACCUCAGAGCAUACCUGGAGGCUGUGAAAGCCAUGCAUGAGUCCUCGAAGAACGUACAAGCAUGCUUGGCUGACAUGUAUGAGCCCGACUGGUAUGGCAAGAAUGAAGUUGAUUCCAUCGUGGAGGAUUGCGAUGUGCUUUGGACUGACUACCAUCAGAAGUUGGUUGAUCAUGCUCUCAUUUCCAUGGAUACCUAUUUGGGACAGUUUCCUGAUAUUAAAGCUCGUAUUGCCAAGAGGGACAGAAAAUUGGUUGAUUAUGACAGUGCCAGACACAACUACGCUACCACACAUAAGACUAAGAAAAAAGACGGUGGCAUUAAAAUCACCAAGGCCGAGGAAGAGUUGGAGCGAGCCCAGAAGGUGUUUGAAGAGAUCAAUAUCGACUUACAGGAGGAGUUACCUUCGCUCUGGAACAGUCGUGUUGGGUUUUACGUCAGCACCUUCCAGAGUUUGGCUGGUUUUGAGGAAAAGUUUCACAAGGAAAUUAGUCGAUUGGAUCAGGAUUUAUAUGAUGUCUUGGUGAAGCUCGAACAGACAGACACAAGCAGUGGAAACGAUGAGCCCAACCAUACUCUCAAGCCAGGAGGACCGCCGCCAAUUCCAAAAUCCCCAUCCAAGCUCAAACCAGCAGUGCCUCCCCCACCCAAGGUGACCCCAUCCAAAGAGAUGAAAGCAGAAAAUAUCAUCAGCCUGUUUGAUUCUGCAGCAACUCCUGAUAUUAGUGUCACCUCCCCUACAGAGCCAGAGGAUGGUGAUGCCCAAGAAGAGCCCACCAAGAUGCCCUAUGACCCUGUGGCGGCUGCUGCCGAAGCCUGGGGUGAUGAUGAUACGCCGCCUGCCCGCUAUGACCCAAUAGCCGCAGCCACAGAGGGCUGGGGGGACGACGGCACCCAGGCGGUUCACUAUAAUGCCAACGAAAGCUGGGGUGAUGAUGGAACACAGCUUGCAUACGAGGAACCCGAGGCUGAAGCCCAGGAGACUCCGGUCGAGAACGAGAACCAGGUGGACGAGAACGCCGCAAGUCCUACCGAGGCUUCGGUUGAUGCAUGUGAAGAAGAAGCUCCUCCUUCUGCAACUAAUGAAGAGGAUCAGGGUGAGUCUGAAACAACUCCGGAAGCAGCUCCUGAAGCAGAAGGAAUGGAAGCAGCAGAGGAAACAACAACUGAUAAUACACCUGCAGAAAAUGAAGAACCCACAGCAACAAAGCCAGAGUCACCUGACAUGCCCCCUGGCUUCCUGUUUAAAGUCCAGGUGAUGCAUGAUUAUGCUGCAAACGACACGGACGAACUUGAAAUGAAAGCAGGGGACGUGGUGCUAGUAAUAACCUUUGAAAACCCAGAUGAGCAGGAUGAUGGCUGGCUGAUGGGAAUAAAUGAAAACGACUGGAAGCAGAAAAAAGAAAACAGCACCAAAGGAGUAUUCCCUGAAAACUUCACCCAGAGGCUGUGA